AUGUCACCUCGGACACGCGACGGUGAUGAGAACAUACCUCUCCACUCAGCGGUAAAAGGCGGCCAUAUCGAAGUCGCUAAACUACUUCUCGAGUGCGACAGCACCGCAUCAAGAGCCUGGAACAAAAGGGGCGAGAAGGCACUGCAUCUCUGUUCAGAGAGCGGCAAUGAAGCCAUGGUUCAGCUUCUCCUGGACUCGAAUCCCAUGACCACCGCAUCGGGAUGUGGUGAAACGGCUCUCCACAGAGCAGCCCAAAAUAGCCAUGCCAAGGUGUGUGAGAUUUUGAUGAGAUAUGAUGAUAGCCAUAAGCUAGGCUGGCAACUCUGUAUGAUUGGAAUCAAAGCCCAGAUCGCACAAAAGGACCUUUGUCAGCACACUCCGUUUGUAUAUGCCGUCAAGGGAGGCUAUGCCGAUAUUGUUGGGUUAUUUUUACGUGGAAAAUGGGUUUCUUCAGAAGCGAAGGAUGGGUUUAAAGAUAUUCUGUUUCAUGAGGCUGUUAGGGCGGGGCAAUGUGAUAUUGUGCAGGUGUUUUUGGAUUAUGGGGCUCCGAUCGACCUGAAAGGUCGAGACGGUAAAAGGGCGUUGCAUUUGGCUGCUGAUAGUAGGAAUUUGGAGAUGGCGAGACUGUUGCUUGGAAAUGGAGCUUCGCCGAAGAUCAAAGACUCUAUUGGAAAUACCCCCAGGCAAAGGAGUUGGGAUUCGCAGGUAACGAUGCUCAUUCGUGAGUAUGAAGAUCGGGCUGCCAGUGCUGGUGGGAAAAUAAAGAAGGUGGCACCUGUGAAGGCUGCCGUGGCUGCUCCUCCUGAAUAUGUGGCAUGA